AUGUUCCCUCUCUUCCUCCCAGACCCAUCCAGACUGCGGAACAUGCAUUGUUUCCCCCAGAGUUCCUCAUCCAUCUCCUGUUCCUGGACCUUCCCUGACUCCCACUGGGACUCCUAUACCGUGGAGGUGCGUCAGCAGGACAGCUGGGAGCUGGUGUACGCCCUGCGACCUGGCCCAGGAUAGUACCUUACUCAGCCUGGAGAACCUACAGCCUUACAGGAGAUACAACGUGGCUGUCAGAGUGGCCUCCGCUGGACUCAGCAGCCCCGCCGUGGAGGAGAACGUGGUCACCAUGAUCGACCGCCCGCCCCCUACCACAAUACGGGUCAAUGAGAGGGCGGUACGCAUCACCCCCUCCACCAUUUUGUUCAAGUUCAACUGCAGCUGGUUCAGCGACGUCAACGGAGCCGUCAGGUUCUUCACUGUCAUCGUGGCUGAGUCCACUGACAAUGAAGUCCUGCAGACAGAGCAGCUCCACCCUCUACCUUCCUUCCAGGACUACAGAGCCAACAGCUCCGUGCGGGCCUACCAGACAGGCUACUUUCCCAGUGGCUGUGCCCAGGAACAGGGAAUGGGAGCUGGGCAUGUGUUUGAGGUCAACCUGGGGGCGGGGCUGGAUCGCCUGGGAGGGCCUUGUGAUUCAGAGGAGGAUGAUGAUAACGAUCACAGCAGUGAUCUCUACCACUUCUGUGAUGGGCCUCUCAAGCCUAAGACUGCCUACAGAAUCAGUGUCCGUGCCUUCACUCAGCUGUUUGACGAAGACCACAGAGAGUUCCCCCAACCUCUCUACAGGGACACCUUCCUGUCUCCACCCAUCAGGACACAAGCAGAGCCCCUCAGCGGAGUCAUCGAGGGCAUCAGCGCCGGAAUGUUCCUCAUAGGAAUGUUGAUCGCCGUCAUCUCCCUCCUCGUGACAGGCAGAGAAUCCGUAAAGUGUGAGUUACAGGAAAGCCCAGUGGUACGGAUGAGCAUGUGGAAGCAGGGGCCUACAUCAGGGAUGUACGUUGGAGUCAGAAGCAACCGACGCAUCUCAAGCCCCGUCAAAGCAGCCCACUUUGAAUCCCACCUCACUAAGCUACAGGCAGACUCCAACUAUCUUCUGUCAGAAGAGUUUGAGGAUCUGAAGGAUGUGGGUCGUAACCAGCCUCUGGAUGCAGCCCGUCUACCAGAGAACAGGGGCAAGAACCGUUACAACAACAUCCUGCCCUAUGAUUCCACCAGAGUGAAGCUCUCCUACCUGGAGGAUGACCCCUGUUCUGACUUCAUCAAUGCCAGUUAUAUACCAGGGAACAACUUCCGCCGUGAGUACAUCGCCACCCAAGGCCCUCUGCCCGGAACCAAGGAUGACUUCUGGAGGAUGGUGUGGGAGCACAACGUGUACAACGUCGUCAUGGUGACGCAGUGUGUCGAGAAGGGACGGGUGAAGUGUGACCACUACUGGCCGGCUGACCGGGAGCCUCUGUACUAUGGAGACCUGGUGGUUCAAAUGCUGUCUGAGUCUGUCCUGGCUGAAUGGACAAUCAGGGAGUUCAAGAUCAGCUCUGAGGGUCGUCCCAGCUUCCCUCGGGUGGUGAGACACUUCCACUACACGGUGUGGCCAGACCACGGGGUCCCCGAGACCACCCAGUCCCUCAUCGAGUUCGUACGGACCGUCCGGGACUACAUCGACAGGGCCCCCAGCACUGGAGCCACCGUUGUUCACUGCAGUGCUGGAGUGGGUCGUACAGGGACGUUCAUGGUUCUGGACCGGGUCCUUCAACAGCUGGACAGCAUAGGAACAGUGGACGUCUACGGCUGUGUGUUUGACCUCCGACUGCACCGCUCUCACAUGGUGCAAACAGAGUACCAGUACUCCUUCCUCCACCAGUGUGUUCGAGAUGUCCUGAGAGCCAGGAAGCUCCGUAGUGAGCAGGAGAACCCUCUCUACCCCAUCUAUGAGAACUUCAACCCAGACUACUACCGUGAUUUUGUGUACACGGGACGCUAACUAACGACAGUCUGGGUUCCUCUCCACACAACUGAAUGAGAAGGAAAACCAGGGAGGAAUCUGUUCAAUACCACCAGACAGCCAUUAUUCUGUCACAACUAAAGCACUAUAGAGUGUGGGGUGGGG